UUGGUUAAUGUAACUGCCUCUAAUUUGUUUUCUAAAUUAGUCGAGAACAUCGCUAUGGACGAAGUUAUCGUUGAUUUACAACAAGGUUUAGUACGCGGAAAAUUAUCUAGAAACUAUAAGAAUGGUAUAUUUUACAGCUUUUAUAGCAUACCUUAUGCAAAACCACCUCUUGGAAAAUUACGAUUUAAGAAUCCUGAAGCACCCGAACGUUGGAUCGGAACUUUAGACGCUACUACUGAAAAAGAUGGGUGCAUUUCAAAAAAUAUUUUCACACGAAAACUUGAAGUUUCCGAAGAUUGUCUUCAUCUGAAUGUUUACACCCCCAAUUUAAAUAAAUGUCGAUCAUCGCCAUUAAAACCUGUUAUAGUUUUCGUUCACGGACACGGUUUUAUUGCUGGAAAUGCAAAAACCGAACUUCACGGUCCAGAUUUUUUUUUAACUGAAGACAUUGUUCUGGUAACGGUUUGUUAUCGAUACGGGGCCUUUGGCUUUUCAUACCUUGAAGAUCAAUCAUUGGGAGUAACCGGAAAUCAAGGCAUCAAAGAUGUUGUAAUGUCCUUGAAGUGGGUGCAAAAAAAUAUUACGAGUUUUUGUGGGGAUCCGGAUAAUGUUACGCUUUUUGGAGCUUGUAGUGGCGCUGCUAUUGCACAUCAUAUUAUGUUAUCAUCGUUAUGUAACGGAUUCGUACAUAAAUUAAUUCUUCAUGGUGGAUGUAGUUUCUGUUCAUGGGCAACUAGCAGAAAAGAUUCAUUAAAAAAACUCGGGGAGGUGUUAAAAUUUGAUGGUGAAACUGAAAAUGAAUUAUUGGAAUUUUUACAAAAAGAAUCAAGUAUUUCGAUUUAUGAAGGUCAAAGAAAAGUUUUGGCUAGUUCGAUUCUUGCCCCGAAUGUUCAAAAAUAUUUCUAUCCCAUAAUUGAAAAUCAAUUAAUUAAUUCAGUUCUUACGGAAGAUCCAAGGUUGAUUAUAUCGAAAGGAAAAUAUACAAAAAUGCCUCUUCUCAUUGGAUAUACAACCCACGAAGGUUUCCUAUUUGAGAAAGAAACAGAAAAAAGAUUUAAGGAAAAUUCAGGUGUUAUUAAUAACCUGGAUGAUUUAAUUCCAUACAAUUUAAAUUUAAAGCCAGAAAGUUUAGAAUCAAAAGAAGUACUUGAAAAAAUUAAAAAAUUUUAUUUUAACGGGAAUUAUCCAAAGGAGAAAGAUUUACAAAAAUAUUUACAAGUUAAAGCUGAUAUAUAUUGUACACACCCGAUACAAACAGCGAUAAAAGCACAUUUAACCACCCAAGCUUUACCAAUUUAUUUUUUUAAAUUUGCUUUCCAUGGAAAAUUAAAUCUCUAUAAAAAAUUGCAAGGAGUAACAAAGCCGGUUCCUUCACAUUACGAUGAAUUGUGUUAUUUAUUUAAAAUGUUUGGAAAUUCAGAAGUCGAAGAACACAGUGUUGAAGAUUUAACAAUAAAGCGUAUGGUUAGAUUAUGGACGAAUUUUGCAAAAUACGGAAAUCCGAAUGGCAAAAAUGUUAAUGAUGAUUUAAUUAAUGUUAAAUGGAAUCCGGUGGAAUUAAAUAAAUUUCAUUAUUUAUGUAUUGAUAAAGAGUUAACGAACGGAAUAAGUUCGGAUGAAGAUCGAGUGAGAUUUUGGGAAAGCUUUUAUAAAAAGCAGCAUAAAAUUUGAUAACGUUUGUUUAAUUUACUAAUCUGUAUUGGUGUUUAUGAUAAUAAUAGGAGUAAUAUUUUUUUUGUAAUUUAGAAUU